GCCGCCGCAGCCCUUUCCACGCCCGGCGCCGCCUACUCAUCCUACGACCAGGUCAUUACAUCCGAUGACUCGGACCGCAUUUUCCACUACUACCCCGACGUGAUGAAUGCCUUCGGCGUUUCACGUCUCCGUCUGAGCAGCAUUGACGAGAUUCCUAAGGGCGCCGAUAUCAUCACCUUGUUGCCCGUGAACUAUGAUGAAUCGGACUCUACCCCUGGAAUAUACAUGGCAGUCGAUACCAAGGGCAACUACUUCUACAUCAUGGCCUGUGACAUCGAGGGUGACGCUGCCAAGAUCUUCAUUGCGUCUGAUCCGGAUGCUGGUGCUGCCAAACUUGCCGAGGCGGAUCUGCGCUACAUCGUUACUGGUGGUGUUGUUCAGGAUUGUUCCUUCAUGCCAUUUGUCUCGACUGGUGCCGGUUUGUCUUAAAUGAAUUUGGUGGCGUAGUGCUGUGAGUCGUACAUUUGGCAAAAGGCACCUUGGUUUCUUAUUACCUUAAUUUGGGGCUUUCUUUGAGUACUACCGUACAACCCAAUUUUUCAUUGUCACAGCCAUGUACCAACCAUCAUAUGAGUAAUACUUAACUGGCCCACAGAAAGUAUGCACUGGAAAGAGGCCUUCUAUUUCCAGUGCAACAACAAUAUAAGCAGUUACCUCAAA